UUUCUUUGUUGAUAAAUAAAUAAAUAAUAAUUUUCCCAAAAAAAGGAUAAAAUUUGACAACUGUAAUUAAACGCAAAAUGGACGAUGAUGAUUACUGGAAUACUAGUGAAACAAAGGCAAAAGCAUUUAGUUUUGAUGACGAUGUACUUUCUCCACAAGAAAUAUUAGCCAUUGGACAAAAGCCUUAUUCAGGUUCUGGUGAAGAAGGAAUACUCAAUUCAAGUAUUAGCAAUAUUAAACCAGCUUUAGUACCAAUAUCAAGUUUGGUAUCAUCCAAAGUUUUGGACCUAUUGGUACUCGCACAAUCUGGAAAGGAUCUGAAGGAGACAAAAUCUGAACCAGAGGAGACUGUUGCUAUAACAUUGAAGAGGCUUGUUCUUGGACGCAGUUGCUCUCUACAUGUACACAGAAGUCUUAAAAGUAAAACUGAAUUGUUGGAUGGAGCAGUCGCUAUUGGUGAUGGAAAUGCCAUACUUACUGUUGUUUUAUUUCUAAUACAAACAUUGAAUAAAAAACUUGUAUAUGAAUUAUUAUCAUCACGGCCGUUGGCACUCGGCCAUUAUAUUGGUAAUCUACAAUCGGAAGGAAAGAUAUCUGAACUAACGGACUUAUUAACAAUGCUGGGUCGGAGUCCAGAUUCAGCUAUUUAUCAAUUUCAACACUCCGUAAAGAACCAAGGUGACAAUGUAGAUGGCUUGUUACGGAAAACUAACAACUUGUUAGCAAAUCAUUUCAACCAGCCCGGAGUUGAUGCACACCAAGCCAAGAUGGUUGCGGAUUACGUGAAAUUAUUAGAAUGGCAGAGUUUCGCUAAGAAGAAUGAGCUGAAUAAUAAAUCCGCACUGGAAUGUCUCGCGUACUGCUGCAAGUUGCACUGGUCGGAGGGAGCAGGGAACAUGAUGUCACCUCUCACAGUGUGUCAACGGCAACAGAUCAGCCCCCUUCAAUACGAGUGGGUGGUAUUAAAUGUACAAGCCAAUAUGAACAAGUGGGAUAUAGUAGAAUCUCUUUUCACCAAAAAGGACUGGUUGGGACGUACCACUCUAUCGUCCCACAUUCCAGUAGAAAGUUUACUGGCAAGGCUAAGUGAGCUCCGCGCCGGAGGUCGCCUGCUGGCCACCGCCGUCAAUACAGUUACAAAUACUGAGGAAAGACUGAGACUAGCGCAUAAGUACAAGAUACAUUCCGUGGUAAUAGAAACUCUCGCUAAACAAAAAGACAGAGCUGCUCUCACUAAUUACAAAAUGACACUUAACCCUCAGUCUGAAGAAUAUAUUUACGCAGAGAAUACUUUGAGAGACAGUUCUAUAAAAUGGAAGAAUUAACUUGACUGCAUAUGUACGAUAAAUUGGAGAAUCAAAACCUACAGCUUUGAAUUUGAU